UCACCGUACCCGCCCCUGGCCCCAAACAAGGUGCGGGUGUACAGCAUGAGGUUCUGUCCAUACGCCCAGAGAGCACGUAUGAUACUCAAGUACUACAAUGUUCCACACGAAAUCGUGAACAUCAACUUGAAAGACAAACCAGCAUGGUUCUUACAGAAAAAUGCCUCUGGUACUGUACCGGUUCUUGAACAUAACGAACGGAUAAUCACGGAGUCGGUAAUCUGCUGCGAAUACUUGGACGAGAGGUACGGUCAGAACAAACUUCUGACCAGAGAAUCAUACACGAGGGCCAAACAGAAGAUGAUGAUUGAAAAGUUUAAUAAGGCUAGAAAAGGAUCAAUUAAUUAUACAAUCUGCAAAUCGAUCAGUGUGGAGGAUUUCAGGGACCUGAAGCAGCAGUUUGAAGAAGUCCUCCAACCCUUUGAGGAGUCCCUGCAGAAUAAAUUCUUUGGAGGCGACGAACCUUACUUUCUUGACUUUCUCAUCUGGCCCUGGUUUGAAAGGUUUCCCGCUCUUGAA